AUGAGUUUUAAGGCGACAAAAGAGUUUAUAGAGGAAGGAGACACAGUGAUUUUAUAUUUAAGUCCAAGCAAAAUGCACUCGAUUGUAGUGCAGCCGAAAAUAGAAAAUAAAAGAGGAGAACUUGUUGAUUACACGUUUCAAACUUUGUAUGGUGCUUUGAAAGUAAUGAGCCUUGUGGGCGAAAAAUACGGUUCUAAGGUGCAAUUGACGAAAGGAUAUGCUUUUGUGCUUCAGCCUACCCCAGAAUUGUGGACAGCGACUCUUCCUCAUCGAACGCAAAUUAUUUACACUCCUGACAUAAGUUUAAUCGUUCACUUACUCGGAUUGGUACCGGGAAGCAUCGUUGUUGAAUCAGGUUAUGUUGGUGCGUUUCUCCUGUAA